UGGCCGUCGGACGGGCGGGAAGAAGCGGCCCUACGGCAGGAUGGCGGCGGCUGCGGGUGCUGGGGGCCCGGGGACAGCGGGCGGUGGCGGGGCGCGCGAAGGCGCGCGGGUGGCCGCCUUGUGUCUGCUGUGGUACGCGCUGAGCGCGGGCGGCAACGUAGUCAACAAGGUGAUUCUGAGCGCCUUCCCGUUCCCCGUGACCGUGUCGCUGUGCCACAUCCUGGCGCUCUGCGCGGGGCUGCCACCGCUACUGCGCGCCUGGCGCGUGCCUCCCGCGCCUCCGGUGUCGGGCGCCGGGCCCAGCCAGCACCAGUCUCCCGGCCCCCUACUUCCGCCGCGCUUCUACCCUCGCUAUGUGCUUCCACUCGCCUUCGGCAAGUACUUCGCAUCCGUGUCUGCGCACGUCAGCAUCUGGAAGGUCCCCGUGUCCUACGCUCACACCGUCAAGGCCACCAUGCCCAUCUGGGUGGUCCUCCUGUCCCGGAUCAUCAUGAAAGAGAAACAGAGUACCAAGGUGUAUUUGUCACUCAUCCCCAUCAUCAGUGGUGUCCUACUGGCCACUGUUACCGAGUUAUCCUUCGACAUGUGGGGGCUUGUCAGUGCCCUCGCUGCCACACUGUGCUUCUCCCUGCAGAAUAUUUUCUCUAAAAAGGUAUUGAGAGACUCUCGGAUCCACCAUCUCCGGUUGCUGAACAUCUUGGGCUGUCAUGCCGUCUUCUUUAUGAUCCCCACGUGGGUCCUGGUAGACCUCUCGGCCUUCUUGGUCAGCAGUGACCUGACGUACGUGUCCCAGUGGCCUUGGACACUUCUGCUCCUGGCUGUCAGUGGCUUCUGUAACUUUGCCCAGAAUGUCAUCGCCUUCAGCAUCCUCAACCUUAUCAGUCCUCUGAGCUACUCUGUUGCCAAUGCCACCAAGAGAAUUAUGGUUAUCACCGUGUCCCUGAUUAUGCUGCGAAACCCAGUCACCAGCACCAAUGUCCUGGGUAUGAUGACAGCCAUCUUAGGGGUCUUCUUAUACAACAAGACCAAAUACGACGCAAAUCAGCAAGCCCGGAAGCACCUCCUCCCUGUCACAACGGAGGACCUCAGCAGUAAAGAGCAUCAGAAGCCUCACAAUGGCAUCCUCUUCCCCCAGCACGGGGACUAUCAUGGGCGAAACAACAUCUUAACAGAUCACUUCCAGUAUGGCCGGCAGAGCUACCCAAAUUCCUACAGUUUGAACCGUUACGAUGUGUAGUCUAGAGGGCAGGGUGGGACCCUUGUGCUACUCUUUUCCCCAUCCCCCAGCAGCACCAGAAACUUCUGACAACCAGUGAAUGUACAACCCAGUCACGGGGCCAUGGGGAUGGUACACAACCAUCAGAAGACCCUCAGGCCGCAGACCCAAGUCCCUGUGAAGAGGACCGUCGAGAGGAGCGCUGGCAUUUCCUGCCCUUUCCCUGGAGUCUCAUCUGAGGGCCCUGUCACCGUGGAGGUCUUGGCCAGGCUUGACCUUUCUCCAUGGACUUGCUCCCAAGCAAGUGUAUUUCAGAGUCUUUGUUCUGUCCAGAUGAUGUCAAGACCUGCUCUGGAGACGCUGUGGAAACAGACCCAGUACCGAAAACAGUGGCUUCCCAGGUGCUGAGAAAAGAAGGGGGCUAGAAUAACAGGCCAGCAUUUAGAUUGAUAUGCAGCCAAAGAGGAGCAUGACAGUUAUGAAAAACAUCUCCAGUCAUAGAGCUGGACUCAGUUUCCUUAUCAUCUCCAUAGCUGUUUGCAGUUCCAAAGGCUCCAGAGUGCAAACUGAGCCUGAGUCUAUGAGUUGCAAGUCGAUUUGUGUCUGGCCUGACAGGGUACGUCCCUGGGUAGGAGUAGAGUGGAGCAAAAGGAAAUUAUGGUCAGUGGUCAGUGUUUCACGCUCUAUUCCCUAAUACCCAUUUUGUCUUUUCUGGUGAGUCUUCACCACUUCUGGGAUGACUUAGUCGGGUGGUUGGUGGGACACUGUUCACUUUAUGAGGCUCUGCAAUUUUUAAAGGGAGUAUUUUAUAGUUAUGUGUAUGUGUUUAUGCCGUGGUUCCCAUUGGGGGGACGCAUGAGGACUAGCUUAUGGGAUGAAAGUCCUUUUGUUUUGAUAAGUACUGUCUCAAAAGAAGCAGAAUCCCUACUGGUGAUGCCUAUCCAUUUUGGCAUUUAGUAGGAAGCAGCAGAAGUGUUUUGACCACGAUCACUGAAAGUGAAACAAAUCAAGAAUAUCAUCUCAGUAGUCUGUGUGACAGACAAGCCUACAGUGUUUAUCUGUUCUUGUGUUUUCGCAUUAUGAUCUGAAUCAUGUCCUGGUGAAGGCAAAACGCCAAGCUAGCGUUUAGCUUGCCAAUUCAUAUUCUUUGGUCAAGAGUAAGUUUGGGUUUUUGCAGAAUCACAUCAGGAAGAUUAUGUGACCCUAACAGAAAUCCCCAUGUGCCAAGGUCCAGGUCAGGUCCCCCUAUUUCCUGGCACCACUAAAGGACUAUGCCCUCAGAGAGGUGCCACUAGCUUGGCUGGUGGAUUCCUUCACCACCACCCUCAAUCUCUUGGACAGGUUUUGGGGUACGCAGCAUGUGGGACAGCAGGUUACCCCUUUACAUCUUCCGUGUACAGAGGAGUGCUAGACACCAGGUCGGUUCAUUUUUGGUGAUUGGGAUUUUAUAUUUAAGAGAUUACAUUUUGUUAUAUUGAGAGUGGGCUUUUCCUGAGACUCUGGGAUCCCCUUCUGGCCUGUGAGUUUGUACACCUCUGGCAAUAGAGGUCCCUGUUGAUUGUUGUUUGCUCACUUUAUCUUUAGUAGGGCCCCCAAAUCUGAGAUCAUGUAAGACAGGAGGCAGCAGUCCUGAAGGUGCAGAGUGUGUACUGGGUGCUUUCCCCGAAGGGGCUAGCACCUGGAAUCUUCAUUAGUGAACAGAUGGGGAUAAGUUUUGCACUGCAAAUAUACAAAUUUUAUUUGUAGUAAUUGAUUUCUUGAACUUAAAAUCAAAGUUCAAAAUGAAUUCUGCCUCCGUACGUUUAAUGACAUUUAUGAUGAUGAUGAAAUUUAUGUAUUGCUUUCUCCAAUGCAAGACCUGCUGGUAAAGGGAAAUUGCUGACUGGUUUUAUUUUGGUUUAUAAAGGCUACUUAACUUUGUACAUAAAUUUACAGCAAGUACAUACACUGGAACAAAUGACAAUCAUAUACACUAAAUCAUCAGAUCAAGACAAAGAUACACUUGAUACUUGAACAUUCAGAAUUGACAUUAUCCUCUUGAAGGUCAUUUUCCCAUCACUGCUGCCCCAGCCUCUGCCCUCUUCUCUGUUCACACCUGCAGCUGUCCCCUCCCUGAGGUUUGUGGCAGUGGAUUUGGUUCGCCCAUCCAUACUACAGUCUGGCCUGCAACACUAACCCUAGCCCAACUCCUUCAUUUUACAGAAGAGGAAACUGGGUUCAGAGGGCAUUUUUGAAUAGUGUUUGUUCACUAUUUUGAGAUUUAGCACCUUAAACUCAUUAUAGGGAAAACCCCCAUUACAAAGGAGAGAAGCCUAUUGAUUUAUUCAAGUGGAGAAGUACCUGGAGGUUUGGAGUUACCCUGUGUAUUUGGUAGACAUCAUGCCAACAGGCCCUUUUAUUAUCUCUGGGAUAUGACCAGGUCCAGAUUCCUCUAGUUCUAACAGCCUUAAGGGCAUAUAGAACAUUGAACUUCUAAAGGAUCUGCAAAUUGUGAAUUCUCUUUUCUAUGUGUCAUCUGUUUUCAAGACUUAAUGCUAUAGACUGUUCUGUGGAAUGAUACUGUGUAUAUUCACUGAAGGCAUUUACCAGAAAUAAAAGAUGGUCUCCAGGGAA